CAGUGAAACCUUCAAAGAAGCGGGCCUUAGCGUAACUGAAUUCCUCAGCCCUGCGGACCUGAAGAAAAAGCAGGAACUACGACGAAUCCUACAAAAAGCAAGAAGAGAAGGCUGUCACGCAACAAUUAGAAAUGACCGUUUAUUUAUAAAUGGAAAACCGUACAUUGAAGAAACCGGAAGCACCCACGUCAUGAAGCAACCCGCCGAGGACACCGUAACCUGCUCACAAGUGCACAAAAUGAACGACCGACAAAAAGUACCCGAGCUACAGUCGCUACAGACAAUACCUACUCACUCAUCGGCUCCGCUGGCAUCGACGUCAAGUACGACAACUCAACCUCCAAAUGAAGACGCUACAAGAAAAACAUUUUUUCGAGCCUAACUUCGGCAUUUUGUACCAAAAUAUGCAAAGCGUAUGGAAUAAAAUUCAUAUAUUAGAGGCAUUUACAGAAGAUUAUCCACAAACCCACGUCAUAUGUGUUUCUGAGUCAUGGUUAAAUAAAAUAAAAAAAGACUUAGUAAACAUUACUAACUAUAACAUAUGCUCGUUCUUUUGCCGCGAACAUCAUGAAGGCGGCGGUGUAUUCAUAAUGUUAAAGCGUGGUAUUGAAUAUUUUGAGAGGCCUGAUAUUACAUCAUUAUCUUUAGAAAUGAUUUUCGAGAUAGUAGUGAAAAACAUAGAAUAUGUAACUUGAUGCUAUCGCAUAAUUUCCACCAAAGAGU